GGCCUCUUGCUCACCCACUUCCUCUGUGACUUGGAGCUGCCUGUGGGCAUGUCUGGUCCCCAAAUUGGCACUGUUUAAUGCCAGUGGUUUGCAACUGGUGGAACUAAUGUCGUGCAGCCUCCCAAGUGUAGCAGUCAUUGCCAGGAAUGAGCACCUCUACCCUGAUAUAACUGCGAUCUGUUCUCAUGCUGCUGCAGCUGAGUGGCACUGGCAUCAUGAAGCAGUUUGAUCUGAAACAGGGGCAUUGGUACAGUCUGCUGCAGCCAACAAACUGAGCGCAUCAUUUAGGGGGUGCAUGGAGAUGGGGAGAAUCACUGUCUAUGUUCCUCAGCAGUAGGGUGACCUGGCUCAAGGCAUCUCAGCGGUGUCCCUGCUGCUCCCUUGACGGCAUCCAAGAUGCCGGAAGGCCCGUCCGUGAGGAAGUUCCAGUUGCUGACCUCGCCUUUCGUGGGGCACGUGGUGGCCAAGGCAGGAGGAAGCAGCCGACAGAUUAGCCUGAAUGAGCUGCAAGGACUGGAGCUCCAGGACUCCCAGGCCCAUGGAAAGAACUUGUUCCUGGCAUUUGGCACUGCUGUGGAAGCACAGGUCCUGCCCGGAGGGCCAUCUCGGGCACCUGUGGACAAAGAGGCAGCUGUCCCGGCAGAGGCUGGCAGUGGGGCACAUGCCCAGGAGGGACAGGCAUGGGUGGCUUCUGACCCACAGAGCAGUGCGGAGGAGCAGCAUUUGCAAAGGGAGCAGGAGCCUGAGCACUCGACACCUGAGGACCAGGAUGCGGCCGUCGGCUCUUGGAGUUGGCUGCGCUUCCAUUUCGGCAUGUUCGGCAGCGUCCGGGCUAACGAGUUCUCGAGAGCUAAUAAGGCAAACAAGCGAGGGGACUGGAAGGACCCUGUGCCCAGGCUGGUCCUGCACUUUGCGAAAGGGGGCUUCCUCGUCUUCUACAACUGCCGAAUACACUGGAGCUCCUCUCCGACGGCCAAACCCACCAUUGACAUCUUGUCUGCUGACUUCCAUCGGGGGCAGGCUUUGGAAGCCCUUUGCCGGCCGAUGCCCAUCUGCUACACCCUUCUGGACCAGAGAUAUUUCUCGGGUCUGGGGAACAUCAUUAAAAAUGAGAUCUUGUACUUGGCGAAGAUCCACCCAUUAUCACAAGGGUCCCUCUUGGCUCCCUCCGAUCUCGACGCCUUGCUUGAUCAUGCCGUUCAGUUCAGCACCCACUGGCUGCAUAAGAAAUUGCAUGGGGAAAGAUUACACCCUCAGAUCUACCAGAAGGAGAAAUGUCCUUUUGGGCACAUGGUGAUGAAGGGAACUCUUGGUCCCCCACAUGGGCUUCAGAGACUUACCUGGUGGUGCCCUCAGUGCCAGCCUCGUGUGCCAGCAGAAAGUAAAGGUCAUCCUCCUGUGUAUACCCCUAUAUCUUCCAGCCUUUAAAAGGAUUGAGAACAUGCUGUCCUUUCUUGGAGAACAUUGCAUGAGGCUGAGGAUGGCUUGCAACAAGCUCUCAGUUGCACUGAGCAGAAAUCGCUUGUCUGUGAAGACAGAAAAUCAGAGAAAAUUCAGUUUGUUAAAAAGAGAUGAAAGGGUUUCUAUGUCCAUGUUGCAUUGCAGGGAUCAGUGCAGCAAGUAAAGGGAGUUCUCUGCAACAGUUGAAAAUACUCGGUACCGAUUUGUGGAUAAGGGGUUUAAUAUGUAGCAAUUGAAAAGAAGUUAAUUGUUAAUAUGUUAAAUGUUAAUUUCAUGUUAAAUGUUAAUUGUUAAUAUGUUACAUAUGUCAUGACCAUAAAGCAGCAUCAGUAGCAUCAGCAUGAUAGCUG